GUUCAUCCGAAUACCAGUAGCUUAUCAGUCCAUAGCAUCCUUCCUAGGCGUUCUCGACAUGUCCCGUAUGUUGACCAUUGUGACAGCCUCGCGAGAACCGUAAUUUCCAAAGGAGCGCAAGGCGCAGUCACGCCUCGUUCAUUCUACACUGUUAAGCGCCACGUGGGCGCAGCCCUGUUCUCGGACUGGCGUGUGAUCUGACAAUUGCUAGGCCGUUCCAACGUUCCUCGAAUUCUGCCUGGAGAUUCAUCUCACUUGUUCGCGCGCUCAUUUGAGUGUUUGUCGCAGCCGGACAUUCUUUUCAUUUACCAUCUCUCAUUUAUCUCCUGUGCUGAGAACUCAGGACUCUAUGAACACAAAGUUAAGGUAACGGUUACCUGUCAACAUCCCCGAAACCUCCACUUGUCCCCCUCGUACCCGCGCUAUGAGUGUCAUUGACCGCGCCGGCCUGGCGCCGGCGCAGACUGGGAGCGGCGACAACACAGGCCUCAUAGUAGCAGCCACUGUUGUUGCGACGGUAGCCUUGCUUUCGCUCUUCAACCGCCUUCUGUGGCCGACACAGCCCAAGAGGAUCCGCAGCCCCCUGCAUACCGUGCUGCCCACACUCUCACAGGAUGAGCAUGAUAAGCUCGUGUACAAGCCGGACAGCUUUCCCGGCGCACGAGAUGUUGAAACACCAUACGGCUGCAUGCGGGUAUACGAAUGGGGUCCUCUUGACGGCGACAAGGUCCUGUUUGUCCACGGCAUCACCACGUCAUGCAUGACCCUGACCAAGCUAGCCCACACCCUCGUAGCCGAAAAGGGAUGCCGCGUCAUGCUGUUCGACCUCUUCGGGCGGGGCUUUUCCGACAACCCAGCGGACCUGCCGCACGACGCGCGCCUGUACACGACGCAGAUGCUGCUGGCGCUUGCCUCGUCGCCGGACGUGGCCUGGACCGACCCGGCACGCCCCUUCAAGCUGGUCGGCUACUCGCUGGGGGGUGGCAUCGCCGUCCACUUUGCCGGCACCUUCCCGCACCUCGUCUCGUCGCUCGUGCUGCUCGCGCCCGCGGGGCUCAUCCGCCCGGAGUCGUUUGGCGUCCUCACGCGCGCCGUCUUCACCAGCGGCCUCGUCCCGCCCCGCCUGCUGAAGUGGAUCACCAAGAAGCGGCUGCGCAAGCCCAUCCGGGCAAACAGCACCCGCGGUGCCGCCGCCGCCGCCGCCGUUUCCCAUAACGGCACCAAGCCCAAGCCCGACCCGGUAUCCGCCUCGCUCACCGAGGCCGCCGACACAGACCCCUUAUUAUCAUCACCAGCAGCAGCCAACGACUGGGACGACGAGUACGGCGAGCCGCGGACGGCCCUCGAGCAGCGCGUGAUGCGCUACGUGCACUGGCAGCUGUCACACCACGAGGGUUUCGUCACCGCCUUCAUGUCGAGCAUCCGUGACGCGCCGCUGAUUGGGCAGGAGGAGGCCUGGCGGAAGCUUGCGCGGCGCGAGCGGGGAACUACGGCCGUCAUUCUCGGCCACGGCGACGAGAUUAUCGACCCGGACGAGUACGCCGUCGACGCGCUGCCGCUGGUCGGCGGCCGGGAGCGCGUGCACUGGAGCAUGGUGCCCGGCGGUCACGACUUCCCCAUGACGUACGCGAGGGAGACGCUGAGGGAGAUGUACGCCGCUUGGGGAUGGUAAUGAUACAAGUGAUGGUGCUCAUGUUGGCGUUUUUCCAUGUUCGCUUGGAGGAGCGGCGUUGUAUGACUACCAAUGGCAGCGAUAUGGGAGGUCAUCUUAGAUAUCCAUUAGAGCAGUGAGACUAUUGACAGAUCAGAAGCACAAUAAUAUGCGAGACAAGCGUGACC